AAAUGUGGCCAGAUGUGUGCAUAACAGCUGUUAAGUCAAAUUCUUAAAGCAGUGCACAUACGAAAACUUAAUGUGGAUUUUUCAAUGCUCUCUCUUUUUGAUAAAAAAAUGCACCAAAAAAUGUAUUCUUUUUACUAUCAAAAGGUUCUUAAUAUAUGUUUAAUGAUUAAAUACCUUUGUCAUCGUCUCCAAUUACCAUUGGGAUAUUUGUUUCUCCUGAUAAGAAACUGUCCCAUUCUCAAAUACAACGCUGCAGAAUCAAAAUAACAAUAGCAUAAUAAAAGAGUGCGAAUGAAGGAGAAAAUAAAGCACAACCUAAAUGGUAAACGAUAAACCAACGAGAAAACAAAUAAUCCGAAAUAAAAAAUCACAGAAGUUUUCCCAGCAUCUUAUACGAAUUGGAAUUUUGUAAAAAUCCUUUCUCCCACGACAGAAAAGUUAUUCAUAUGUGGAAGUUAAUUAUUUGAUUGAUGGUUAAAUAUUUAGAAGUAUGUAACUUAGUUAAUACAUUUUGAAAGCACUGAAAUUCAAAUGCCGUAUGUGGGUAAAAGAACGAAAUAUUAUGCUAAUUAGAAUCAGAAAUUGCAUUCACCGCAAGGUUCCUUGAUCUGCAUAUUUCAAAUGAAGUGAAAGUGAUUCAACUUAAUGCCAAACCAAAUUUAUACACGAUAGUCUUCAUUAGCAUUUUGUGAAAUCUCUAAACAGAAAGCGCAGGCUAAAGCAGAGCAAGGCAAGAACACUAGCAGCAUCUAGCUUUCGCUACUGACGAAAAACCACUUAAUAACUACUAAUUUAUUUUGCGGGGAAACGAAGAGGAAAAAGCUUUGCAAAUCUAUGAAUAUUAGCAAAUAAAAAGUAAAAAUCGAAAUAUUCCAUCAUUUGCCGCAUUUGUAUUUUUGCUACGAAUUUGCUCUCCCAGUCGACCAAGUGGCGUUCCAUCGGUCAAUUGCGCUCUCCAAUUUACAUACGUUCGUUUUGCCCCCCUUGCGCAAGAAGUGGUACUUGGGGCUCUCUGACAUUUCUUGGAGCUGUCAUACUGACAGUCGCGCGCGGUAGGUGAUUGCUUGUGCAUUUGGGAAUACGCUUCUCGCCAUCGUCAUUUUCACAGUUGUUUUGUGCUAGCUACUGUAUAUGUUGUGCUUUUUAUAUGUCAAUCGCAUACAAAAAAAAAAAAAAUACAAAAAUUCUUCAAAUUUACUAGUGAUUUUAUAUGAAUGGGCAUUCAAUUUUGUGAAUAUAAGCAAACUUUUUUCCAAAAUUAAACCAACUCUAUUUCAAAGAUUUGUGAGUUCGUGUCGGUGCCGUUUGCAAAAAUAAAAAUUAAGCAGAAAAAAGAAAUAAUUGUUUUAGUGGGAGGCAACUUGGCCAUUUGACAACGUACAAAGUGAAAGUGUUUGUUUAUGAGUGUGCAAAAUUUUCCUUAUACACAAGUUAAAAUCUGUGCAACCUGAUGUGUUACUAAUAAAAUUAUUUUUGUAAAACAAACUGUAACCCCACCGUCCAGUAAAUAUUUAGUCUUCCUGCCAAUUGCUUUUGUUGUGAUCCUAUGUGAGUUGUGCAAUACCUCUAUCUCCUCCUUAAAAGCUACUUAAUUUUUCGCCCAUUCGUAAAUUAAGCACCGAGUUGUGUUGAACAGCCUAAAACCAUAACGCGUAAUCUAUUUUAAAUAAUUUCAACUAUUAACAAAGAAACAAAUCAUACGCCAUGUAUCGCAUCGGACCAAUUGGCCGCAAAUCGAAUUUUCACUUGCGUGAAAAAUUCCUUAUUGGCCUGGUGUUAGCCACAUUAUGCCUGCUCUGUUUUGGUGGUAUAUUUUUGCUGCCCGAUAAUUUUGGUGGAGACCGCGUGUUGCGCGUGUAUAAGCAAUUCCAAAAAGCCGGUCCAGAGAUGUUCAUACCGGCACCGCCACUAGCUGGUCACGCACCAAAAGACUCAGAUCCACACUUCAUUGGAGACCGUCAAAAGUUGCAGGCAAAAAUCAAAGAGGAAUUAGGUGACAUAUUAGAUAAGCCGUUGCUGCAGCAACACCACCCAGAUGCUGGUUAUGACGGCGAGGAAUUGGGUGCAGCAGAUGAUGGUCAACAACAACAACAGGGUGUGGCGCCACCGUUGAAUGGCGAGGGGCCCCCUGAAACUGUUAAUCCUGCCGGGAAGGCACACACCAACAACAACAAUGACGACGUUGCGGCACGUAUGGACAACAAUAACUUACCCGUGGGGAAAGUUGCUAGCUUACAAUUCGGUCAGAAUGGAAAUGCCGAUCCGGAUCCUGCUGUUGAAGAGAAGCGCCAGAAAGUUAAAGAGGUAAGUGAGAGCAUCCGAACAAAAACAAUUACAACUAAUAAAACUACACUUAAGCCAUUACAACGUGAUUGGCGCUAA